AUGGAUGCAUCCGAAGCCAAAGAAAAGAAACUUACCUCCCUUCGCGAAUCCAUCGCCAACCUAGAAACCCAGCAGGCGCAACUGGAAUCAGAACUAGCCUCGACGACCUCCCAACUCAAGUAUGUGCUAUUCCCAUCCAGUGGGUAUGAAUCAAGCUAUGAGAUAUCUGCUAUGAGCUAUGAGAUCUGA